AUGGAAAUACCCAGCUCAGGGGAAUUACACGAAGUUGAAGGAGAAAGAGGGAACUUCGUAGUCAGAAACGAUGGCCACCUCAAGAACGAAGCAACCCUGUCAUUCGGACCAGAAUGGUCAAAGUCCAGAUUGACAAACCUAUUAGACGUUGUAAAUUAUUAUAAACCGAACCCAAAAAAUCAUAUUUAUCUACCAGAGAAUACAUUUGAUUCCAAUGGAAAAAUUAGAGGACAUAUGGGAGGAGAAACGACGUUUCGUAGAGAAACACAAUCGAACAGACAAGAACAGCUAAGCACACAUACCAAUGAUAAUAAUGCAAAUCAACAAUUUAACGAAUUAGAAUUCGUAGACUCCGAUAAAGAUACAGUAGUGCCAGAAGCAAGAGUCAAAGGCCUAUUUGAAGUACCAUUUGAUGUGUAUUCAAUGCCCAGAUUAAUAGCUCCAUUUAAAGGGUUCUCGAAAAUAAUAACGCCAAGAGCGAUUAGAUUAAUUAACUUUACAGAAACAGAGGAGGGAAAAUUAGUGUGUAAAAUAGACAAAAACGCCAUGAAUAUAGUACAAAAACAAGUUGGAAACCUAAACGUAGUCUCAGUAAGCUUCGUAGGAGAUCCCAAAUCAGGAAAAAGCUUUUUAGCAAGUCUCUUGGUGGGAAAAGAUAACACAAGUUUUAACAUAUCCGAAUCAUAUAUAGACCCAAAUAACAUGCUCACCGAUGGAUCCGUAUGGGUCUAUGUAUCAGUUUAUCAAGAAAAACAUGCAUACGUGUUUUUGGACUUUGAAGGAUUUGAACACUCUGAAAAAAAUAAAGUGAAAAUGCUACUGUUUGCAUUUUCACUGUCAAAUCUUGUGUUUUGUAAUGUAAAAUAUUCAUUAAUGAACGGAAUCUAUAACUCUGUAAGAGCGAUGAUCCAGCUGACCAAAAAGCCAACUUCAAACGAGACCUUGGGAAGUAGUGAAAAUUUACAAGAUGAAAAUGAGUUUUUGGAAAUGAUAAAGGGACAAGGAACCCGACUUCUGAGUCGUUCAUACGACAGUCAGAAUUUUGUUGAUUUGGUUCAAGACUUUGAAGACUCAGAAAAGUACAAUAGUGAUCGAAAGGAACUGUGGAGUGCACCAAUAGUGCAAUUUGUCUUUAGAGACUCCUCAGGGUUUGUCAAAUGUAUAGAUGAUCGCAUUUUCACACCAGAAACCUUGGUGGAACAGGGAAUUUUCGAAAAUUAUCUGGACCUUUUCACCACGGAAGAAAGAGAACCGAAUUUCAGAAACGAAAUGUUGGACUCCUUCGAAGUAUUUAAUAACCGGAAGUAUCUAUCACUUCCUCAUCCAACACUCUCAACACAUCCAUACGGCGAUAAAGAUUAUUCUGAUAAUGAAGAUUCAAACCUAACUGAUUUCUUCAUGAAGCUUCUGUCGUCUGACAAAGACGACUUCAAGAAGUUCACAAGAUUAAGUUAUGACGACUUUACCCUCACAUCCAAUCUCAGCAGCCUGUUUCACGAAAAACUCGACCAACUCAAGUCACUUCUCUAUCACGACACUCUCAACUACGCCAUGUCUCGCCAACAAGUUAACGGAAGAAUGUUUGGAGAGUACCUGAAAAAAAUGGCUACACAUUUCAACAAGUCAAAUACAUUGACAGUGGAUAACUUAAACGAUAUGCUUUCAUCAGUGUUUUUAAACGAGAAUAAUGUGAUUUUGAAGGAGGCGUUAAUUAAAUUCUUGAAGGAAAUUCGUGCAAAAGUGGCACCAAAGCUACCAAUGGAUGGCAAAGCACUCCUAAACUUGACCCUAUCAUCAAAAUUCACAAGCUUGAAUUAUUUCGAAUCAAACGCCUUCGGAACACGCGAAGAGUAUCAAAUGAAAUUGAAUGAGCUCUCUGAAACGCUCGACGACCUGAUUAGAAAAUUAGAAAAUAAAAAUAGGACAUUAAUGAUGGAGCAGCUUGCAAGUUAUGUAGAUAGGAAGGAAUAUAUCAUAAGGAGCAAACUUUUAAAAAGGGAAUAUAACUUGAAUGACCUGAACCAAGAUCUAAGUGCUCUUAAAAAAUCACUAAAUAAUAAAUUUUCAGACUCCGAACUAGUAUCAAAGGUCCUAGCCAGAGCUUCAAAUAAUCUAGUUUCCCUUUUUAACGACACUCAUCCAGAAACUUUCAUUCACAAUCUAAGUUAUUCUAAAUCUUCAAGCAUAGAAGAAACAUUUCAGAACCUCAAUACCUACAUAUCAAACAUCACAACCAAUUCUCAGUUAGAAACGAAAACUAAGAGUCCACCUGCUUACUCUGGAGCUGACGAUAGCGUAAUGAGCAUGCAUAGGGGAAAUCAGAGUAAUAAGUUAGAUAGCGAUCUUGGAGAUCAUACUUUAGAUGGAGAAUAUUAUGAUUCUGAGGACGAGGAAUACGAAGAUGAAGAUGAUGAAGAUGAGGAGGAGGAAGAAGAUGAAAGUGAGGAAGAGGAAGAAAGUGAAUCAGACUUUGAAGUCGAAGAUGACGAGGAACAUGAAUACGAAGAUAAUGAUGUCGAAGAAGAAGAAUCAGAAGAUGAGGAAACUGAAACUUCAGAGGAGGAAUCUGCAUCAGUUGAAGAUGAAGAUGAACAAUCUCAAGAUAGUCUUGAAAACGAACCUGAUGUUCCUCUAGAUGAAAAUAGUUCGGAUGAAAAUGACUCCGAACAAGAUCAGCAGAAUGGAGAAUCCGAAGAAGAUGACCAAGUUGAACAAAAUACAGAGUCGAAUCAAGAUUAUUGGUUACUAGGUGAAUCAGGGGGAACGAAAAGUUUUAUGGAUGAUUCCGGACCAGUCUCAUCCCAAAACUUUGAUGAAGUUUACGUGGAUAACGAAAAGAUGGGAAACGAGCAAGAAGAAGUGGUGGAAGUUCUUGAAGAUGAUUUCGCCCAAAGUGAUAUUGAAGUGAGUGAGAAGAAAGCAAUUUUAAAGGAAAUAUUUGAAAAAUCAGCCGAUGAGUUCAUGGAAUCCAGAGGUGCUAAAAAAAAUCCACUUUGA